AUGUCGAAAAGGGAUAAAACAAGUCAGUUUGAUGGAAAAGUAGCCUUAAUUACUGGUGCCGCCUCAGGGAUUGGUGCAGCCACUGCCAAACUUUUCGCCGAACGUGGCGCUUCCUUAGCUUUAACCGAUAGAAAUUUAGACAAAUUGAAAGAAGUCGCUUGUGAUAUAUCGGGUAAAACCAACCCGCUCUUAAUAUCCGGUGAAUUGACAAAUGACGAAGAUAUUAAAAGUAUCAUGUGCCAAACUAUAGAACAUUUUGGCAAACUAGACAUAUUAGUCAAUAAUGCAGGCAUACUUGAAUCAAACUCUAUAGAAACGCUUGAUUUAGAGCAGUAUGACAGGAUAAUGAACAUAAAUACCAGGUCCAUGUACCAUUUAACAGCGCUAGCAGUGCCCCAUUUAAUAAAAACGAAAGGAAAUAUUGUGAAUUUGGGUAGCGUCACUGGACUUAGAGCAUUUCCAGGAGUUGUAGCUUACUGCAUGUCCAAAGCAGCAGUUGUCCAAUUUACUAGAUGUGCAGCUUUGGAUUUAGCAUCAAAACAAGUCAGAGUUAAUAGCGUUAACCCCGGUAUGAUUAUGACCAACCUCCACAAAAGCGGAGGCAUGACAGAAGAGCAAUACGCGGAAUUCGUCAAAAAAUCUUAUGAGACUCAUGCUAUGGGUAGACCUGGUCAGCCAGAAGAAAUUGCACGAGGUAUUGCAUUCUUAGCUAGUGAUGAAGCUAGCUUUAUUACUGGGGUUGCGCUUUCCAUAGAUGGAGGAAAGCAUGCUAUGUGUCCAAGAUAA